AUGUCGUUCGGAAAGCUCUACGGCUUCAAGGAAAACUCCCGCUCCACCGUUCUUCUGGCGGUCGCAAAGGAGAACAACCUCGACAUCGAGCUUGUGGAAACUCGGCCCCCCAUUACCGACCAGGAAUACCUCAAGUUAAACCCUCUUGGUCGAGUCCCUACCUUUGUAGGCUCCAAUGGCUUCAUCUUGACAGAAUCUAUCGCCAUUGCCAUCUACUUCACCUCGCAGAAUGAGAAGACCACCCUCCUUGGAAAGACCAAGCAGGACUACGCCACUAUCGUGCGAUGGAUGUCCUUCUCCAACUCCGAAAUUCUUCCUAACAUCGGUGCUUGGUUCCGUCCCUUGACUGGCAGAGAUCCAUACAACAAGAAGUCGGUCGACGACGCCAAGAAGGCAGCCAAUGACGCCAUAAACGUCCUGGAGCAAUAUUUGCUUGUCCAUACUUUCCUUGUCGGCGAGCGUAUCACACUUGCCGACCUGUUCGUCACUUCUCAGAUUGCUCGCGGCUUCACUUAUGUCCUUGACAAGGCCUGGCGCUCGGAGCACCCAAACACCACCCGUUGGUUCGAGACUGUCACAGCGCAACCAAUCUGGAAGGCCAUCAUCGAAGAGCCAAUCCUCAUUGAGGAGGCUGUCAAAUACACCCCUCCGAAGAAAGAGCCAAAGGCUGCUGCUCCCAAGGCUGAGAAGAAACCCGCCAAGGAAGAGGAGGAAGAGGAGGAGGCCAAGCCAGAGGUCAAGGCCAAGCACCCACUCGAGGCGCUUCCCAAGCCAUCUCUGAUCCUUGACGACUGGAAGCGCAAGUACUCGAAUGAGGAGACCCGAGAGGUGGCACUUCCGUGGUUCUGGGAACAGUACAAGCCUGAGGAAUAUUCCCUGUGGAAGAUUGACUACAAGUACAAUGACGAGUUGACUCAGGUCUUCAUGUCCUCCAACCUUGUCGGUGGUUUCUUCGCUCGCCUCGAGGCAUCGCGCAAGUACCUCUUCGGCGCCGUGUCGGUGUACGGCACCGCCAACGACUCUGUCAUUCAGGGUGCUUUCUUGGUCCGAGGCCAGGAAGCUCUUCCUGCCUUCGAUGUCGCCCCCGACUAUGAAAGCUAUGAAUUCACCAAGCUCGACCCCAGCAAGCCCGAGGACAAGACUUUCGUCGAGGACCAGUGGUCAUGGGACAAGCCUAUUGAGGUCAAUGGCAAGAAGUAUGACUGGGCUGAUGGCAAAGUCUUCAAGUAG